UCGCUACCAACUGUCACGACUGCUUCGUCCUCUCCAAAGACUGGACAGCAGAAAAGUAUCGUCGAGGUGUUGCAAGAUAUUCAAAAGAGAAUCCAGGUUUGCAUUCAAGCUUAGUUAUCAUUAAUUGAAGGGGCAAUUAUUGGGCAGUAUAUUUUAACGAAAGUGGGCUAUGUUUUGCUAAGGAAAUAGGAAUUUAGUUUCUAGCCUAACUAGAUAAGGAAGAACUCAGCAAAUAUCAGUGUCGGGUUAUCUGAGGGGUUCCGUACAAUUUUCGUCGGCAUGAACAGAUACAUGUAAAUAUUCGGGAUACUAUAUUUUCGAAAUCACUUCAGAACAAUGAAGAUAUUGUUGAUUAGGGAGAUGAAGUUGUUGAACUUGUUAGUUUUGAUAAGAAGGGAGUUAAUCAUAUUACAUGAAAUUGCAGUUAUACAAACCAAAACUAGGGUUUUACUUGACGUUCGAAAUCAAAAUUGCCGUUAAUUUUGCAAGAUAUCAAAAUCAGUGUAAAGUUGAUAUGGAAAUGUGACCCUUUGACAGUGAGCAGCAUAUAAUCUCUCCUUACAAUAUCACCCCUGAAUCACACAAUAAGGUCACAAGAAUGAAGGAACUGGUCACCAACUAAACAAGCUCUUGAUUGUUAAACAAAUUCUCCUUGUCAGCACAAAAGAAAUGUCUGAUGUUACAUGUGGUCAUUUGUUGCAUGUGUGGCACUAGAAAUAUCAAGUUUUAGACUAAGAUUGAUGAAUUUUUCAGACAGAUGCUCUACCAUUGAAAAGCUUCAGAGGACUUAUUGAUGAACUUGGCUUCAAACUAAGCUUAGCUCAUUAUAUUGCUUGCUUGUCAAAUAUGUUGUAAAUAUCAGCACAUACCUCAAGGGUGUAUUGCCUUCUCCUCAGGGAUAUGGCCCAGGUCCGUACACUCCAGAGCAAGCAAAGGAAGUUGAACGGCUUAAGGUUCUUUUUCGUAGACUGAAGGCAGAAAAUGAAAAGGUAAGAAAACAUUUUCAAGGACUGGCAUUUCUGUAGUUAUUUGAUUUGUGACUACCAACAUUUUCCCCUUCCAGGUACUAGUUGAAUAUUUUGAGUUUGAACUGUAGUUGGUCCCUUGUUGUACUUGCCUUUGGUCUAAUUAGCCAUUGUGAUUGCUUUGAUUGGCUUUAGAUUUGUAGAACUGAAUAAAAAUCGCCUUUUAAAAGGUUGUUUACAUAGCAGAAAAAAUUGCAUAUGGAUGCAUUUAGAAAUGACCACAGAUCCAAAGUUUUGCUAACUGUGCAUACUGAAUUAUUUAGGAUGGGUGUGGAGCCAUGUUUUUACCAAGGUUUUUGGACCAUAGGCAUAGACAUCUUUGGCCCAAAAACUUGAAAAGAACUUGGAUCCAAACCACUUUGUUUUAUCUAACCUUGAUCAGAUGUGCCCAAACAUUUUCCAACAGCAUUUACUUGUUGAUUUUUUAGCAAAACUCCUUACAUGUCAGUUUCAAAUCCCAAGAAUCAUCUCCAUACAAAGAGAACUAAACCCCGUAAGAACCUCAAUCAUGAAUGAAAAAAUUGUCCUCUGAAAAGGAGUAAAUAUCUGAAGGGUGCAUAGUAUGUAUUAUGUAUGCAAACUGCACCCAACCUGGUGAUCAAGAUACAAUGUCUGAGUGGUGAGUGAGAUUCUUCCUUGGGAUCAGAAAAAAGAACUGCAAACAAAAACAUAUCAAACUUGAUAUUUUUCUAAACCAAUUGUUUUCAAAAGGCAAUCCAGGAAGGCAAGAUAGCUGUGAUGAGAACAACAACUGUCAUGACACCUGUCACUCAGGUCUUGGUACCUACUCAUGUGGCAGCACCCAACACCAUGCAGAUGACAAAGAUUGCUCCUGCAACCACAGCAUUACCAAACCAACAGACUACUGUCCUUCCUGCAACCACUGUCACUGGUGGGAUCCCUGUUGGUCAGGCCUCACUGGCCGCAAAGACUAUUCUCCCUCAGACGACUACUUUGCAACCAAUUCAGCCUCAAAAUGUGGUCAUUAAUCCAGCAUCCAUUCAACAGCUUCAGAGAACUGCAGAUGGAAGUAAGGAAGGUUUAUUCACAUUUGGUGCUACCAUAUUCAUUUUAUUUGAAAAUUGUGGGACCAAGUAGUUUAUGAGGGGCUCAUGAUCAAAAAGUCAGCAUUAGAAACUCAAGUUGUGCAUAUUCAAACUCAGAAAAUGGUGAGGUUACCAGUAUUUCCAAUUUCUUUUAUUGUGGGCCAGAUUUUCUCCUUCACUCAGUUCAUGUAAAGAAUUUUGUUUUCUGUUCAUAAUUUCAGUAUUCUCAGAUACAAUAAGAUUUGACUACUUAAGCAUUGGCUGAAAUUUUGCUAGUUCUGUUGCUCAGUUCUUCAUUUCUGAAAUGGAAUAUGGCUUGUGUUGAAAAAAAGAAUGAGCUUCUUAGCAAUUUUCUUUUAAAACUUGUUGAAAACAGUGCACUUUAAUUUCUGCCUCAUUUUACAUUUUAACUGCAGAAAAAUAAGAUACAAACCAUUGAGUAAAAAAAAUUUAAGGUGGGAUAAUAUUCUAAACUAAGAUAAAACAUUUUCAAAUAUAAACAUCAUAUAAAAUUUUUUAUUAACAAUAAUUUCUAUGAUAAAUUAAAUUACAGUUCAACGUACAGUGAAGUCACCUCAACCUACCACUCUUCAAGUCACACAGACUCUAGCACCUGGACAGCAGAUAGCAGUCAGAACUGUCACCCCAGCACAACCAGGACAAGGCAUUAAACCCACAGUUACUCUCACAAACAGACCCAUGCAAGGUUUGUGGCUAAGUUGCUAUAUAAUGCAUGUUCUUGUUGGCUGAAACAGCAUGCUAUAUCAGAGUACAGAUUCACAGAGUCAGAUUUGUACAAUGGCUGACAAAUUCCCAGACUUCUCUCUCUGUUUUUUUUUUCUUUUCUUUUUUUUUUUACCUAAACAUCUUGUAUGAUGUGGAAAAUAAAUGCGAAAACAAACCCUAAACUUCAACUGAUACAGAAUAACCUGUAGGUAACAGCAGAAAUCACAUGGAGAUAGAAAGUGAAAUUUUAGAGCAACUUAGUUUAGAUGAAAAUAUGCAACAGGUUAGCAUGCUGGUAUGUAUUUAUACUUUCGGGCGGAAAGAGACAAUGUGAAAAUAGUGUCUCAUGGCAGCCCCCACAUAUAAACAAUGUUAAGUGUGCCAUUGUUCAGGUUCAUACAUCUUCAAUUAAGACAGAAUCAGAAAUAUGGAUGUUGGAUUAGACUUCCAGAUGUUCUUGUCAGGGAGUAUUUUGCACAUCAAGCCUAAACUGUGGCUUCAAAGAGGAAGGCAUUCACGAUAACAGAGCAACCUGUUAUGAAGAUCUUUCAUCAUGUCUUCAAAACUGACCCCUCUAUAUUUUUUUUUAAUUUCCCCUCAGUGGCUUCAGGUGUGACCCAGACUGUAACUCUACAGAGGCAUUUAGCACCUAACAAGUCCCCUGUUCACAUGCCAAUCACACUUGCUCCAUCGGGGACAGUAUCUGCAGCUGUACCAUCAGGGGGACAUGUUACCAACAUCGCACCAGCACCAAUAUCAGCUGCUGUGUCUAAAGGAAUUUCAACACAAGCUGCUGGUGAGAAGCUGUAUUUAUAAGCAUUAUUCCAAGGAUCUCUCUUCUUUUCACUCCUUUCUCACUGUGUUUGAUGGAAAGUGGGGAAGGGGGGGGGGGAAGAGAGGCCUUUGGAACAAGGUUGCUUAAAACUUAUAACGAAGAUCAAGUGAAAAUGAAGGUGGCAGAAAGAGGCCUGUGUUUCGAAUUUGUAAUGUCAUCUCAAACGAGUUAUUUAAAAGUAGUUUUGGACAUUUAUUUGGCAAUUGCUAUGUUUUCCCAGUUUGUAUCCCAAUGAACUCAAGCUUCUUUGAUUUUUUUAUUAAAAUAAGCAGCAAAAGAACAAUUGGACCUUGUUUUCUGUGCAAGAUGAUAACAAGAGUGUUUGACAAUUUUGUAGCUCUCAGUUAGUACAUGCGCUAUGAUUGGUCAAUUUAGCGGGCCGUAUUUCACCGUACUGCCCGUUAGAUUCAAAAGUUUGUUUUGGUCGAAUAUACGUGCAUUUACUUUGAUCUCUGAUUGGUUCCUAGAGAUUUAACCUUCGUUCUGAUUGGCGGGGGUGAAUGGUUUGCUUUUGAUUUUACAACUAUCAAUUGAAAUGCUAUCUUUCGCUCAGUUUUUUUUCCUUAGUUCUAAUUUGUUUCACGUUAUCUUUAUCACUAUUCAUUUCUAGGAACAUCCCUGAGGGGGGACAGUAGUAGCCCGGCACCGAACCAAGUUCUGACCAAACGACGACUGCAAGAUUUGCUUCGCGAGAUUGACCCUCGAGAACAGAUGGACGAUGAUGUUGAGGAUGUGAGUUUCUUUUUCCCCCCCCCCUCCCCCCCGUCCCUUUUUCUUUAUUAUAAGGUUGUAAGCAAGUGUGGUGUCUUAGAUACUUUCAAAAACUACUUACAGUGUUAGUGAGUAAUGUUGCCAAACAAAGCUCCAAGGGGCAGCUCUGUACAAGCUAAGAAUAGACAAGCAGCACGUUGUUUCUGAUUGUUCAUCGUACGUCCGAUUCAUCGACAUAGCCUGGGGUUAUGAUGAGUGCAAAUUGGCAAAAUUCUUGUUUUCAGCCUUCUUGGCCAGACAAGCUUGAUCAACUAAGGAUUUUAUCCUGGCCCAAAAGGUUACUACAAAGAAUUUUGCUUUGUUACAAAAUAAAUUCAAGAGAUUUGUCCUAUUUGGCUGACGGUUGCAGCGUUUAGUGACUCUAUUCCUGUCAAACUUUUGGCGAACUUUUAACCCUAAGAUGAAACCAACUUCUCAGUACUAAAACUGUGAGAAGUAAGGGGAAUGAUUUAUUAGAUAUUGAGAGUGAAGUGGUUAAGCUACUGUGAGGAACUUCUAAAAAUUUUAAGACUGGUUUGUUUUCCAUGUUACAGCUGUUACUGCAGAUUGCAGAUGACUUUAUAGAAAGUGUUGCAACGGCUUCCUGUCAGAUCGCUAAGCAUCGAAAAUCAAACACAUUAGAAGUACGAGAUGUUCAGCUGCACCUAGGUUUGUAUUUCACAGAGUUCAAUCACGAUUAGACUAUUCUCAUCAACAUAUUUCUUAACAGUGCAUGUGUAGGUAUUAAGAGACAUGCUAGUGUAAUGGUUACUACGCCGGACUCCCGAUCAAGAGGUCUGGGGUCGACCCCCCACAGGGGUCCUUGAGUUGUGCUCUUGGGCAAGAGAUUUAACUCUCGCAUUGCUUCUUCCCCCCCCCCCUCACCCCACCUCCCCCCCUGCACGAAUAUAAAUUGCUACCAGCAAACUAUAAAGGAAACAAGGAAACAUAACAAAAUGCUUAGGUAAUCACUGCAUCUUUUUAGGCCAAAAUAAUUAAACACUUGUCUUGCACUGAGUAUCUCAACUAGUAUGUAUAGUCUGUUAUCUUAUUAUUUUUGUUUUGGUUGUUCUGUGUACAUUUUAUAGAAAGGUGUUGGAACAUGUGGAUCCCUGGAUUUGGUAGCGAUGAACUUCGACCGUUUAAGAAACAGGCCACUACAGAAGCUCACAAACAGGUCAGUGCAAAAAAGUUGUUUCAAAUUCUCGCCGUUCUUGUCAUAAUAGGGUUAAUUCACAAUUGUAAGAAAAUUUUUGCAACCAAUAUAUUGGCUGUAACUUACAUGGACGAAAAAUAUCGAAAUAAAGGCUCAACUUUAAAACUGUUUGGUGCAAUUCAGAACAAUUUAUUUAGGUUGUGGAAGAUUGAAAAAAGAAAAGAUUAAAACGGAUUUUGGUCAUUUGAAAUACCAAGGUAGCCAGACUUGGUUAGAGUUUAUCUCAAUUUGAAUAGAGCUGUCGUUUAUACUGUCUGAAACAUAUAUCUUUGGUGUUCGAUUGCCGCGGCUUUUCAAAUAAAUAUCAGUCACCAAUCUGUCAAACUGAAAUUCGUGAAGGGUUAUUGGAACGGAAUUUUAUAACUAAUUGAGAGGAAAAUUUAGUUUGUCACCGGAAAUAAUGUUCCAACCCAAUAACGCCGUCACUGUUUUAUUGCCAGGGUCAUCUUAUUCUCUAGUAGAGAGGAGGAUUAAAUGGUUUAAAGGAGAGGCGUCUCUUACUUAAAUGAUUCAUUGUUGACUUUCUUAUCCGCGUCACUCUCUCUCCGUUUUACGAUCUGACUUGGACUGGGAUGCUCUUUCGUGUGGCAAAGUUCCUUAUCACAGGGCUAAUUUCGUUGAAAAGUAUCAUUGAUUGGUUUGUUUUUACGUUGUUUCUGAGAUAUUUUCCGCCACUUUUUGUAUCUUGCAGAGGUUGGCCUUGAUACGAAAAUCGAUGAAGAAGUAAUACAGACGCUAUGUUAUCUUGUACGUAAAUUGUUAUUUAUGAUGAUGCACGAUAUAAGAGGUGCUGGUUUUAUUGUUUAA